AACCCCUGUAUUGCGAUCGAGACUCUCCAAUUCCACACCCGCCCAAAUUUGACUGUGACCCUGGAAAUUCCAAUCUUCUCUCUCAGUUUUAAUUUCUUCGAUUCUCAGAUCUUUACGGCGGACACCUAGAUCGCUACGCCGCAGCAUUUCUACUUCCACAGUUUCAUGUACGGUUGAUUCAUUCAAGCUCUUCUCUGAGUCGCCGUCGACCGAGUUACUGAGUCACUGGCCGAGUCGCGAUGGCGGGGAAGACCGACUCGGUGUCCAUUCGGGUGCCGUACAGGAAUCUGAAGGAUACGGAGGUUGAGAUGAUGGGGAUGGACGAGCCUCAUCAUCGGAUCGACCUCAAUUCCGCUACGCCGUCGCCGUCGUCGUCGUCGUCGCCGGCUGGGGUUUCGAAAGGAAGCGGCGACAUGUCGCCGAUGCAGAGUGUGGCGGUUCCUAAUCAGAACACGCUGAUGACGUUAAUUCUCAGCUGUACGGUUGCCGCCGGCGUUCAGUUUGGUUGGGCGUUGCAGCUUUCGCUAUUAACUCCAUAUAUACAGACACUUGGAAUAGGGCAUGCAUUUUCUUCGUUUAUUUGGCUUUGUGGCCCUAUUACGGGCCUUGUGGUUCAACCCUGUGUUGGUAUUUGGAGUGACAAAUGCUCUUUAAAAAUGGGGAGAAGGCGCCCCUUUAUACUUGCAGGAUCUCUCAUGAUCUCUGUUUCUGUGAUAUUAAUCGGAUUUUCUGCAGACAUUGGAUACUUAAUAGGAGAUACACACGAGCAUUGCAGAACCUUCAAAGGUACCCGUACGAGGGCAGCUUUUGUAUUUAUUAUCGGAUUUUGGUUGCUGGAUCUUGCUAACAAUACAGUGCAGGGACCAGCACGUGCUCUUCUAGCUGACCUAUCAGGUCCUGAUCAACGUAACACGGCCAAUGCUGUGUUUUGCUCAUGGAUGGCUGUUGGUAACAUCCUUGGAUUUUCAGCUGGAGCAAGUGGAAAUUGGCACAGGUGGUUUCCUUUCUUGCUGAGUAGAUCUUGCUGUGAAGCCUGUGGAAAUCUUAAAGCAGCAUUUCUUUUAGCAGUGGUAUUCCUCUUGUUUUGCACACUUGUUACUAUACAUUUUGCCAAGGAGGUCCCACUCAUUGCAUAUCAGCCCAUGCGUGUAUCAGAUUCAGCUCCUUUAUUGGAGGAACAUUCAAAAUCAUUGUCCAAUAGGCCAGUUAUAGAUAAUGCCAAUCAGAAUGGAAGUGCUAAUGGAUAUGUGAAAGAUAGAAAUGUAAAACAUCCCCUCCCAAAUGUUGAGGAAGUUCAAAAUGGUGGUUUUCAGGAUGGGCCAGGAGCAGUGUUGGUAAAUUUAUUGACUAGUUUAAGGCACUUACCACCAGCAAUGCAUUCAGUCCUCAUUGUUAUGGCUCUUACUUGGUUAUCCUGGUUUCCAUUCUUUCUUUUUGAUACGGAUUGGAUGGGGAGGGAAGUUUAUCAUGGAGAUCCUACAGGGAACUUGUCUGAAGUGCGUACAUAUGAUCAGGGUGUCAGACAAGGUGCAUUUGGUUUAUUAUUGAAUUCGGUCGUUCUUGGAAUUAGUUCUUUCCUAAUUGAGCCGAUGUGUAAGCGGAUGGGGUCAAGGCUAGUUUGGGCUAUGAGCAACUUUAUUGUGUUCGCCUGCAUGGCAGGCACUGCUAUUAUAAGUUGGAUAUCUGUAGGAGAGUAUAAUAAAGGGAUUGAACAUGUAAUUGGAGGGAAUGAUAAUAUCAAAAUUGCUUCUCUGAUUGUUUUUGCUCUUCUUGGGUUUCCUCUUGCUAUCACAUACAGUGUUCCCUUUUCUGUUACAGCUGAGCUGACUGCUGAUGCAGGCGGCGGACAAGGACUGGCUAUAGGAGUUCUGAAUCUGGCAAUUGUCAUCCCACAGAUGAUUGUGUCUCUCGGUGCGGGGCCAUGGGAUGCUUUAUUUGGUGGAGGAAAUAUACCUGCCUUUGUUUUGGCGUCUUUUGCUGCCCUUGCUGCUGGCAUUUUUGCAGUUCGCAAGCUACCAAAUCUAUCAAACAGUUUCACGUCGACUGGUUUCCAUUUUGGAUAGUGUUGGGCAGCUCUUUAGGUGAUAAUCACACCAUGCGCGACUCUUAUCAACAAUACAGGAGCUUUGGCUCCCUGAAGGAUGGUUCUGACAUUUGCGCCUCCACUGUUACUUCCACGCUCAGCUUCCCCAUCCAGGAAAGCCGCCAAUGGUGGUCAUGCUGAUCCACUGUUACUGGAAAUAGAUCGGUUUUGUGAAGACAUGCCUUAAGGAGACUAGCCUAACAAGUUUUUACUAUCUUUAUACAGAUUGCUAACUUUUAGCAACACUGGUAUCAUAUUGUAAUCUUGGACAUUGUAUAGAAGAAAAUGCUCUUUGAUAAUGAGAAUUAAAACAAAGAAAUCUGUAAACUAUGAUACUGGCUGUUAAUUAAUUG